AGACCUUGCCGCAGCAAGCCCAAAAAAAAUCCCAAAAUGAUGGACCACAAGAUGAACCACAAGAUGACCCACAAGAUGACUCACAAGAUGACUCACAAGAUGACCCACAAGAUGACCCACAAGAUGACCCACAAGAUGACCCACAAGAUGACUCACAAAAUGACCCACAAGAUGACCCACAAGAUGACCCACAAGAUGACCCACAAGAUGUAGACUCACAAGAUGACCCACAAGAUGACUCACAAGAUGUAGACUCACAAGAUGUAGACUCACAAGAUGUAGUGCACUAUAUAAACGAAUUCUUUACUAAUUCACAAGAUGUGGUGCACGACAUAAAUACAUUCUUUACUAAUUCACAAGAUAAAGUGCACGACAUAAACACAUUCUAUGCUAAUUCACAAGAUGUAGUGCAUGAUUUAAAUACAUUCUUUACUAAUUCACAAAAUUUAGUGCACGAUAUAAAUACAUUCUUUACUAAUCCACAAGAUGUAAUGCACGAUAUAAAUACAUUCUUUAAUUCACAAGAUGUAGUGCAUGAGAUAAAUACAUUCUUUAAUAAUUCACCAAAUGUAGUGCACGAUAUUAACACAUUCUUACCACCAAAUG